AUGCAGGGCACUGGCAGAGGAGGCAUGGGCCCUGGGCUGUCCCCUGUGGACAGGCGCACGCUCCUGGUCUGCAGCUUUAUCCUGGCAGCAGCUCUGGGCCAAAUGAAUUUCACAGGAGACCAGGUUCUUCGAGUCCUGGCUAAAAAUGAGAAGCAGCUUUCACUUCUCAGGGAUCUGGAGGCCCUGAAGCCCCAGAAGGUGGACUUCUGGCGUGGCCCUGCCAGGCCCAGCCUCCCUGUGGAUGUGAGAGUUCCUUUCUCUGAACUGAAAGACGUCAAAGCUUAUCUGGAGGCUCACGGCCUUGCUUACAGCAUCAUGAUAAAGGACGUCCAGGUGCUGCUGGAUGAGGAGAGAGAAGCCAUGGCGAAAUCCCGCCGGCUGGAGCGCAGCACCAGUAGCUUCAGUUACUCCUCUUACCACACCCUGGAGGAGAUAUAUAGCUGGAUUGACAACUUUGUAACUGAGCAUUCAGAUAUUGUCUCAAAAAUUCAGAUUGGCCACAGCUUUGAAAAUCGGUCCAUUCUUGUCCUGAAGUUCAGCACUGGAGGUUCUCAGCGACGGGCCGUCUGGAUCGACACUGGAAUUCACUCCCGGGAGUGGAUCACCCAUGCCACUGGCAUCUGGACUGCCAAGAAGAUUGUCAGUGAAUAUGGCAAAGACCGCAUCCUGACGAACAUACUGAACGCCAUGGACAUCUUCAUGGAGAUCGUCACCAACCCUGAUGGGUUUGCUUUUACCCACAGCAUGAACCGCUUGUGGCGGAAGAACAAGUCCACCAGACCUGGAAUCUUUUGCAUUGGUGUGGAUCUUAACAGGAACUGGAAGUCAGGCUUUGGAGGAAAUGGUUCUAACAACAACCCCUGCUCAGAGACUUAUCAUGGGCCCUCCCCUCAGUCAGAGUCAGAAGUGGCUGCCAUUGUGGACUUCAUCACAGCGCAUGGGAACAUCAAGGCUCUGAUCUCCAUCCACAGCUACUCUCAGAUGCUCAUGUACCCUUACGGCCGCUCACUGGAGCCUGUUUCAAACCAGAAGGAGUUGUACAAUCUUGCCAAGGACGCAGUGCAGGCCCUGUAUGGGGUCCACGGGAUCGAGUACAUCUAUGGCAGCAUCAGCACCACCCUCUAUGUGGCCAGCGGGAUCACCGUGGACUGGGCCUACGACAGCGGCAUCAAGUACUCCUUCAGCUUUGAGCUCCGGGACACGGGGCGCUAUGGCUUCCUGCUGCCGGCCUCCCAGAUCGUCCCCACGGCCCAGGAGACAUGGAUGGCGAUUCGGACCAUCAUGGAGCACACCCAGAAUCACCCCUACUAGCAACAUUACCGAGGGCAGAGCAGGAGGGUUCGUCCUCCUCCCCAAGGCCCAAGGCCCGGCGCCCCUCCUGA